AUGUUUGAAGAGCAUUCCUCUGCGUCAGGUGGCCCUCAAGAGGGCGGUGACAUGGAACGUCGCCAAAAUCACGGAAAUGUACUCUUUGUUGGAAACUUGCCCUUUCAGACGCCGUGGCAGCAUGUGAAGGACCAUUUCAGGAAUGCUGGAAAGGUUCGUUACACAGAUCUCAUCGCCGACCGCAUGGGAAGGCCAAAGGGUUCUGCGCUAGUCACAAUGGCCACCCCAGAGGCAGCGCAGUGUGCCAUUCACAUGUACAAUGAGACCGACUUUGAGGGUCGGCGCCUUAUUGUGCGUCUCUUUGAUGAUGGCCCGCGUCCACCACUUGUGCAGCGAGAUAUGAUGCCGCAGUAUGAUCGUCAAGCUCAGCAUCAGCAACAACAACAGCAGCAUCAGCAUCAGCAAGCACAACGUUAUCGUGGGUACACAGGAGCGCCUAAUAACGCUCCGAACUAUGAUGGUGCGAAGAACUUCGGUCGUGGCACUGGAUAUGCUCCCCGUGGUGGUUAUGGGAUGAUGGAUGAUGGUAGUGCGGCUGCCUUGAAUGACAUGAAUGAGGUGGUUCCUAAGCCGCGCAGUCAACAGGUGAAUGAGAUUGGUCGCAAAUUAUUUGUUUCGAAUUUACCCUUUGACUGUACCAGCAGUGCACUUCGGGAGACAUUCCAGCAAGUAGGAAAUGUGGAGCGGGCGGAGAUUAUUUUGGGCCGUAAUGGAAAGAGCAGAGGUAUGGGCAUUGUUGUGAUGAAGACUGAGGAGGAGUCGCGUGUUGCCAUAGCCGAAUUUGACGGAAUUGAGAUGGCUAACAGGGCGAUGAAUGUCCGCUUGGACAACAAGGCCACUGCGUGA